ACCAUGGACCCCUUUCCUUUCAACGCGGAUGUCGCCGACCGCAUCCUCACUUACUUGCCAAAUUUCUCUUCUCUUCUCUCUGCUAUCCUUUCUUCGCGUUUUGUUUACUCUGUUUACAAAGCUCGUCCUAAUUCCAUUAGUCGUGCUAUUUUGUACAAUCAACUGGGUGCUGCCUUACCUCCAGCUUUGCGGCUCGUCAGAUGUGGCACCGACAAUUUUCGUCAAUCCCCUGUCUCUGAGCUUUGCCGCGAAGACGAACUCGCAAAUAAACCCGAGAUAACAUGUGACGAAGCUGUCAAGAUGUCCCAUCACUUGAAAGUUGUGAAUGAACUAGAAGACUUGUUCAGUUGGAGGCAGAAAGACCGCACCUCUUCAACAAGUCGUCUUUCUGACAUGGAAUCUCUGCGUUUCCGGCGUGCGAUGUACAGAAUCUGGCUGUUCUCUUCCAUUUAUGGACGGCCAAGUGUCCCAGAAGGCGGCUUUCUCUUCGAUGAGGAAGAUGAAGCUGGCGCCAAUAUGUUGGAGUCUAUAAUUAAGCAACGAGGAUUUAUGUCCUCCUUUUCAGCAUCUGAACUUCAGGAGCUUGAAAGAGUGAUGUGUUUCUUAUCAGAAAUUGCGAAAUGGUCAGGCGAUGCGAACACAUGCUUCAUAAUAGCCACUAGAACCUGGGUUGGCCACGCGCUAUCUUGUGGACCUCAGACGAUACUGCAAGCCUACAAUGGAAAGUUAGACGAACUCAAUGUCCUUGAGGAGCUGGAUCCGGAUGGAACAGAUUCAUGGGUUAACGGUUUUUUGAGUGAUGUAAUUACCCAUUCCUUGCUUCAACAUGACAUACGAGCAACGUAUGAUCACUCGGACAAAAUUAUCCUACUCGACAGCGUCACUGGAAAGGAAGACCAAUGCAAGCAAUGUAAUGAGACAAAAGGCCUUCGGCUCUGGAACGCAAGCAAUUGGUCCUACCUGCGUGGUCGUAUACUCCCGUCGAGCUUGAGUGGACAUCUGAAAGGCCUCUUAAUAAGAAAUGUAUCUGAGCUGGGUCCCUUUUCUGACGCUGUUAAACUUAUUUCUUUUGCGACGUUGUUCGACGAAAUUUGGGACCAAAAGACACCAUCUUAUGGCCAUUGGGACAAGCAAGAUUGGCUUUGUGACGACUGCGUCAUGGUAUUCAUCCGAGAGCACCUUCACCUUUGGUGGCUGGACUGCAAACGUAAACUGGGACAUCCUAUCCAUCCGGAUUGCUGGUAUGGAUACAAUUGUCGGACACAGACACAUAGCAUACAUCAUGCUUCACGAUUGAAUCACUUAUGUGAGCCUACGAGGGGUUCUGGGUUGUAAGUUAUAGGAAGAAUGAAUCUUUUGAUGAGUUGUCUUGUAGUGAUUGAGCGGUAUAAAAUUGUAUUUUAUCUACCGUCGUUUAAUGUUCUGCCGUCAGUUUGCUGAAUUUACGGCAAAAUCAAGUAUUCGAUAUAUAUAUUUUUGGAGCAGACACUCAUUCACUAUACUCG